AUGUCCUCGCGACCACCGGACCGUUCGGCUCCACGGCGCGACCGAUCGCGCUCCCCGUCCAACUGGCGCCAACCCCAGAAUCACCCUCGCGGAGACAAUAGAGAAUGGCGCGAUCGCCAGGACUCGCGACCGGGUCAGGGUCAACAGUCGCGGAAUAUGCGUGAUCAGAUGAAGAUCAACCAGAUCCAAGAGGAUGAGCAGGUUCGCGAAUGGGUGGCGCAGGAGGAUAUCUUCGUGCUGAAGCAGGCUAAGAAGAAGGCUGAGAUUCGCGUGAAAGAGGGGCGCGCAAAGCCGAUCGACUGGUUGACUGUUACGUUGAGGGUUAUUGAUCCUACGCGAGACCCUUUGGAUGACGAGAUUGCAGAUUCAGAGCUUGACGUUGUAGAUCCUGAUGGAGUGUUUGAGGGAUUGUCAGAGUCUGAACUGCAGGAUUUGGAGCAUGAUAUUGAAACGUUUAUUAAGUUGGAGACGAAUUCCCGGAAUCGGGACUACUGGCAGACCAUGAAGAUUAUUUGUCGAGAUCGCUUGAAAACCAAUGCCCCGGAAGGGCGCGCUCUCAGCUCCGUCGCCGCCGAUAUUAAUAGGCUCCUUAGCCCCAAGACAUACGAACAAUUACAAAACCUGGAAGUACAAGUGAAGAGGAAGUUGAACUCCAAUGAGCCUAUCGAUACAGAUUACUGGGAGGAGCUGCUACGCAGCUUGACAGUUUGGAAGGCUCGUGCGCGGUUGAAGAAUGUCUACCAAGCUGUCAUUGAUGAGCGUGUUCGGGAUCUUAGGAGUCAACAGAAGGAAGAGGCGCAGUCAGUCCGUGAAAAGCUAGCGCCGCUUGCACCGAUUAUGACUGGUGAUGAAAAGGAGCUGGACUCUGCAGAUUUCAAAGGCCUAGAUCCCGACCCGUUACUGCAAGUGCGCGCAGAAGAUAAAGGUCUAGAGAUCAUGGACGAAUCGGUAUUCCUUCGACAGGUCGCUCGUGAGCGUCAGAAGAUCACCCGUAUGGGAUACGUUCCUCUUCGACAGCGAGUAAUCGAAAAGCCAAGCAACAUGAUCAUCAAUCCAGAGGCAUCCACCGCGUCUGCUUCUACAGGGACCGGUCGCUUUGCAGCGCUUCCUAAUGAUGAUUUCUCUCAAGCAACCAAAGCGCUGUAUGAAAGAGAAUUGGCCAAGGGGGUCAGUGAAAAUGAGGAGAUCUUUACUGGUGAAGAGUCUGUGAGUACUGGCGCGCAACCCCAGUGGGCUGGUAAGUAUCGGCCCCGAAAGCCCCGAUACUUCAACCGAGUUCAGAUGGGCUACGAGUGGAACAAGUACAACCAAACCCAUUACGACCACGAUAACCCGCCACCUAAGGUUGUGCAAGGUUACAAGUUCAACAUUUUCUACCCUGACCUCAUCGACAAAACCAAAGCCCCAACGUACCGUAUUGAGCGAGAGCAUGGUCGAAAGCGGGGUGAAUCCUUCGCUGCUGCUGGUGAGGAAGAUACCUGUUUGAUUCGAUUUAUGGCUGGUCCUCCCUAUGAGGAUAUUGCUUUCCGAAUUGUGGACAAGGAAUGGGAUUACAGUGCUAAGCGGGAACGUGGGUUUAAAAGCACUUUUGAUAAGGGUAUUCUUCAACUACAUUUUCAGUUCAAACGAAUCUAUUACCGAAAGUAA